CACGCUUGCCGGAGUGGUCCAUUCGUGCGUGUAGAGCUGUGGAGUGGCUCGCCGGGAGGGAGGAAACGUGUUUUCGGUUCAUUGCUGCAUGUUUCUCACGUUGUAAUUAGCCGUCACACUGUUUGAAUAACGCUAAAUAAGCGUUUUUCAGUCGGGUUGUACUCAAACGGCGGUGUGGGCGCAACACUGUUUUAAACGCUGAGCCUUUAAGGAUCUGUCACCUGGCUGCAGCAGCUGACUUACUUGUGUCUUAAAAGGAGAGUGGAGUCGCUAGGUAGUUGCCAAAAGAAAAAACAGGCAGGUGCUAACAAGUAGUUAGCCUGCCAUCUAGCCACCUCUCCCUACCGCCACAGCAAGUCCCACCCUCAGCAAAGUGCGUGGACGUCGCAAGAAGAGGCUGCUGCACCGGUGAAGUCGAGUCGCUCUUUUCCUCUCAACUUAGCCAGCAAGCAUCGCUGUACAGCGGGCUGGCGAGCUAAAAUAGCCGUCUUAAAAAAAAAAACAACCUUUAGCUAGGUGAAGCCAACGUGAGAUUGUUGGCUUUGACGUUGGGUACUGUGUCUUCUGUGGAGGGAUACGGUCGCUACACUGGCAAAGAGACUGGCUAAAAAGAAGAGGCGAAAUAAGAGAGAACAAGGAAGACACCGAGAAGGAGGGGACUGGCUAGUUUAGCCGGGGAGACACAAUCUCACAUAGAUAGCAAACGCCGCCACUGAGCCACGCACAGCCAUGAGUAUUGAGAUACCGGUGGGGUUGACAGAACUGCUGCAGGGGUACACCGUGGAAGUGCUGCGACAAAGGCCGUCAGACCUGGUGGAUUUUGCAGUACAGUACUUCACCCGUUUGCGGGAUACCAGAAGUCAGGAUGGGGCCAGUGCCGGUGGCAAGACGGGGAAAGGUGUGAUGUUUGAUGGGGAGCCGAUGCAAACAGAGUCCAACGGAGAGGAUGACGAAGACGAUGAUUCUGACUUUGAACCUCCACCACCCAGCAGAUUCAACAGGAGAGUGUCAGUGUGUGCGGAGGCGUUCAACCCAGACGAGGAUGAUGAGGACACGGAGCCCAGAGUGGUUCACCCAAAAACAGAUGAACAGCGCUGCAGACUGCAGGAGGCCUGUCGAGACAUCCUGCUCUUCAAAACACUAGAUCAGGAGCAAUUCUCAGAGGUCCUCGACGCCAUGUUUGAGUCGAGGGUUCAGCCCCAGGAACACGUCAUCGACCAGGGAGACGAUGGAGACAACUUCUACGUCAUAGAGAGGGGUGUGUAUGACAUAGUGGUAUCGGGAACAUGCGUGGGUCAGUAUAACAAUAAGGGCAGCUUCGGGGAGCUGGCACUCAUGUACAACACGCCACGUGCCGCCACCAUCAUUGCCACUCAGGAGGGGGCACUAUGGGGACUGGACCGUGCUACUUUCCGUAGACUCAUUGUGAAGAACAAUGCCAAGAAGAGGAGGAUGUACGAGUGUUUCAUUGAGUCUGUGCCCUUACUCAAAUCACUGGAGGCAACAGAGAGGAUGAAGAUAGUGGACGUACUAGGAGUGAAGCAGUUCUCAGAUGGGGAGCGCAUCAUCACACAGGGUGACAAGGCUGACUGCUUCUAUGUUGUAGAAUCUGGGGAGGUGAAGAUCAUGAUGAAGAGUAAAACAAAGGCGGACCAUGCAGACAAUGCGGAGGUGGAGAUAACACGCUGUAGCAGGGGUCAUUACUUUGGGGAGCUGGCCUUGGUCACCAACAAGCCCCGGGCUGCCUCAGCCUACGCGGUGGGCGAUAUCAAGUGUUUGGUAAUAGACGUGCAGGCGUUUGAACGCCUCCUGGGCUCCUGUAAGGAGAUCAUGAAGAGGAACAUCGCCCACUAUGAGGAGCAGCUGGUGGCCCUGUUCGGCUCCAGCAUGGACCUGAGAGACUGAGCCUCCCACACCACCCUCCGUGCCUUCUACCACACACACACAAACACACACACAAACAAACACACAUGAACACACACACACACACACACAUGCACAUACUGUAUGUCCUCUCUCACAUCCUGCAGUGGCCAUACAGACCCAUAGUAAGCUUUACACAGGUUGUGCAAACACAUGAGAAAUCGGCUCACCUGCAAGUACAUAAAUGCCCACACAGUAUGAACAGACCCUCACUCAUACACAUACAUGUACACUGACACAUAUGUAGGCACUGAGAGACACCCACUUCACUUAGUCUGCUCACCCGUGUGCACAUACUAGCUCAACACACUCCUCGAUAAGCUCACGUUGUAGAUGCACACAGAGACCUAACCACACACACACAUCAUGUUGAUUGAGCCAGCUUCAACCUCUCAGUAUCAGUGUCUUUGCUGCAGUGACCUGACCACAGGUAAUGCAGUGUAUGGACAUAAAACACACACAGACAUAUGCACACACUUCAUACAUGUUUAAAAACACAUCAUCAUGCUUCGUCCGUGCAGGCUUUUGCAUUCACAUAAGCACUUCAACAACUCCAACAAGCCACAGUAAAGGACACACCAACAUACACACACAGACACACACACAGAGACAGGGGUACAGAUACUCAAAAACACAUAGGUUACCACACUUGCAAAAACGGACACAUUGUGGUAAAAUGGAGACGAAAAACUUUCAAAAUCAAUGAAAAGGAAAUUGAAUCAAAAAUGCAAAAAAAAAAAAAAGAGAAAGAAAAGUUUAAAGAAGACAUAAGUUUUAGAAACAUUUUAUGAAGAUACAAAAACAGAAGCUUUGAUAAAAUAUUAUUUAAAUAAAAAAAAAAAAGUGUUUCCUCUUUGGGGGGCCGGGGUGCAGAACUUUGUGGGUGCGCUCCAUUUCUUCCUCUACUGUUGUUGAUUGAGUUGAGUUGAGUUAGUGCUGGUGAUUAUUGCAGUACCACAGAAGAAGCAGUGAAAACAAUAACAACCCUACGUUUCUGGGCCAUUGUUAUUCUAUCAUUGACGCCACACUUCAUCGUAUUGAAUUAAUUAUUAAUGUAUUGUUAUUAUAUAUUCAUUUAUUAUUUUUUGUUUUACUUUGACCAAUUCUGAUAAAAUUCACCAUCCAUCUCUGACAAAAUGUAAAAAACAGAAAAAAAAAUUCUAAUAAAAACAGUAGUGCUUAUUUCUCCUUGAUUAUCCUUGAAUGAGUUGUCCUGGAUAAAAAAAAAAAAGAAAAAAUAAAGCAAACAUUUUGUUAAAAA